CGAAUGCACAGUGGCGUUUGAUGAAUUUAUUGAAGAUGAGGGUAGCAAAAAGGGGCAGGCGCUGUGCAUGAUGGCAGCGUAGCACUUCCAAGUUCACAUCAGCUUCCCCUCUACUCAAUUUCUUGAGGACAGAAGAGACCGCCGUUUUUUCACAAGUUCUUUCUAGUGCAUUGCAAAGGCCCAGAAUAUCAUGGCACCGACAGGCUCAAAGCAAAAAGUCAAGGGGAGCACGACAGGGGCUAUGAGCAGAGCUGGAACACAAGCUCAGACUCCCGCGUCGGAACACGCUGGUUCCAAAAAGGAAAACCCGACACCGGAUGGGUGCAGGAAAGAGCCUGACGCGGAACCGGACACCAGACGGGUGACAGAGCUGCGGAGCAAGCUUUUCAAAAAAAUAGAAAAAGAUUGCCAAGCUGAGGAGCAGCGAAAGAAAGCGGAAUUCUUCAAGAAAAUCGAAAAAGAAACGCAAGCCGAGGAGCUGAAAAAGAAAGCUGCAUGCGUACACACUUAUAGAGCUUUGGUCUUGUAGUGGCCGACGGACUAUGCACGGUUUGCAUGGAUCAUGUGAGAAGAUCGCGACACAGUAGAUCUAGGUGUGCAGAUAUUUUCGUCUUAGAGUCACAGAGCUCACCCUUUUGAACUCUUUUCUUGGGAAGAUCAUCAUCAUCAGAGCCAAGCUGCCUCGUUCUCGGUAGAGGAAAAUUGUUAUUUUGCUUAAGUCCACAUAUUUAUUCUCAAUUAUUUCACAGGAUGUUGAGCUGCGGACGAUCGAGAUGAUGCGUGAGCAUCGGAAGCGGGCGGCAGUCGAAGACUUCGACGAACAAUUCAUAUCGCAGAAAGAAACACGACUCAACCAUCAGCGCAAAGUCAAACAUACCAUGCUUGUUAUCUACCUGCUGGGGUACUUACUGUCUUGGCGGGACCACGAUCUUUUUCUGCAUGAACGGGACAUCAAAUAA